CAUGCAUGACCGGCUGCAAUAAACAACGAUAAAUACCGUUCAAUGUGAAUUUAAUUUGAAACAAAACAUUUGAUAUUGUGCAAUAAUUAAUUGAUUUUACAGCUGAAAUAUUUAUGCACAAUAAUGAUACCAAAGCUUCUAAUAUGUUUUAAUCUGUUUGCGGAUUUAUUCGGAAAUGUCAAGUAAAAUAAAACAACAGUUCUAUUAUUUGCUAUUCUGCUAUGGAUUGUUUUUACUUAUUUUUACUGCUUUUCUGAAAAGCCAGGAAAGAGAUUUGCAUAUUAAAACAAGGACGUCUGCGGAAAAUACGCAAAUGAGUGAUGUCGAGACAACGCCGCUUUCAGAGAUGUGCGCAUAUACAUCCGGCUUUACUGAUUGUGAAAAUGAUUGCAAGUCUUCAAGGGAUUCUUACUUUUUCAAAGUCUACGACAAAAACUGUCCUUUACAAGACAUUACACGUUCCUGUGAGACGUUCGCGUGGCUCCAUGGUUACCACGACAUCCGGGUGACGCGCGAAGAGUUGAACUUCCCCCUGGCCUUCUCUGUUCUUAUGCACGAGCACCCUUCCCAGACAGAGCAACUCGUGCGCACAAUUUACCGCCCAAAUAACGUCUACUGUAUUCAUGUGGACGCUAAAGCCAGCAAAGAAACUUUCAGAGUAAUGAAACAGCUGUCCACGUGCUUCGACAACGUGUACAUGGUGGAGGCCCGGGAAAGGAUGGUCCACGCCAGUUUUACCCAUGUAUCUGCUAUAAUGAAAUGCAUGAGGAUUUUGAGGAAUACAGAUGUAAAUUGGAAAUACUUUAUAAAUCUCUCCGGAAGUGAUUUUCCAUUGAAGACGAAUCUAGAGAUGGUUCGUAUAUUAAAGGUUUUCAACGGUGCAAACGAUAUUGAGACUUAUGAUUUUCCAUUACUGCAGUCAUGGAAAUUCGAACGUGACUUCCACGUCCUUGGAGGCAGUCUAGUUGAGGGAGACAGCAAAUCCCCACCACCAUACAAUUUAAAACUAAGUAAGGGAAACCCAUAUGGUUUAUUCUCGCGAAACUUUGUUGACUUCAUUUUCAAUGAUGAUAUUUCAAAAAGCAUUACGCGCUGGUUAAACACGACUUACUCGCCUGCAUUAAGCGUGUGGGCAACGCUGGUGACGUUACCAUGGGCACCGGGUGGCUACCCAGAAACCGUCCGUCACCUUGGCAACACAUACAUGUCACGUGCAUACAUCAGUCAGGACGACACGCAGCCCUGCAAGGGCCGUUAUCUGCGCGGAAUGUGUCUGUUAUCUUGUGAAGACAUGCCAUGGUUAAAAUCCAGACCAGAGUUUUUCGCUCGCAAAUUUUCUUGGACAUUGGACCGCGGUGUUUUAAUGUGUUUAGAGAAAUGGUACCGCGUAAAGGCUGAACAAACACAGGGAGUGAACAUCGACUUGAACUUCUAUACUAAACUUCCUCACGUUAAAUAUUACAGGAACUCGCGUAUUGGAUGGAAAUCACGCUUACAUGACGACGACUUCCUGAAGCAGGAAUGGCUAAAGAAGCGCAACGCUUCUCGGGGUCAGUAACGCAUUAAACCCUCACGGCAAAGCAACAAUUUACCAGUUUGUGCUCAAGUAUUGUUAUACUGAAGUUUGCAUGCAUGUGCUAUCUACAUUAUGUUUUCAUCUAAUCCAUAAACUAUG